AUGGAACUUCAUGCCAAAUGGGGAAAUAGGUGGUCGAAAAUUGCAAAGCAUUUACCAGGAAGAACCGAUAACGAGAUCAAGAAUUUUUGGAGGACCAAGAUCCAGAAAUACAUCAUCAAGCAAGGAGCAACGUCCACCGUCGGAUCACAAUGCUCCGAGAUCAUCAACGAUCAUUCAACGAGCACGAGUCAUCUUUUGAAUACGCAAGAAACCAUGGAAACAUAUUCUCCAAUAACGUCGUAUCAACAUGUCAACAAUAAUAUCGAUCAUCAGCUUAAUUACGGCAAUUAUUCAUCGGAUUCGAUCAUGAUGCCAUUAUCAGUUGAUCAACCCGAAGAAAACUAUUGGAACGUCGAUGAUCUUUGGCCAAUGCAUUUAUUGAAUGGUAACUAA